AUGGAAAAAGAAAGAAUUGUACCUGAAGGAGCUCCUGAUUCUUGUCCAGGAGUCAAAUCUCAAUUAGCAGGAAAGGUAGAGCCUUGCUCUGGAUGCCCACAUUAACCCAACUGUGCUUUAGGAAAUCCAAACUUAGAUGGUAGAAUCAUUCCUGAAGAAGCACCAUCUUAAUGUCCAGGCACUUAAUCUAACUUAGCUGGCCAUACAGUAGUAUGUUCAGGAUGCCCCCAUUAACCAAACUGUGCUUCAAAAGCUUUAAAUGUCCAUUACAAAUUAGUUCCUGAUAAUGCUCCAACUUAAUGUCCUGGUACUCUUUCUCAAGAUGCAGGAAAAGUAAACUCUUGUUCAGGAUGCCCUAAUUAAUAAAAAUGUAAUAGUGGAUAAUCAAAUACUAUUCAAGAGCAUAAGAAGUUAGUUCCAGAUAAUGCACCAUAAAACUGUCCUGGAGUUGAUUCAUAAAAUGCAGGAAAAACUGAAGUUUGUGUAUCUUGCCCUCAUUAACCUAACUGCGCUUUAGGCAAACUUGGAGUUCAUGGCAAAGUUGUUCCUGUUGAUGCUCCUGAAUAAUGCCCUGGAACAUAAGCCUAAAAUGCAGGUAAAACACCAGUUUGCUCAGGAUGUCCUCAUCAACCUGAUUGUGCUGCUGGUAAGUAAGCAAAUAUCACUGCUGAUAAGAAAAUCGUCCCAGUUAAUGCUAAUACUGGUUGUGUAGGAACUCAGUCAUAAUAAGCAGGUACUGCUUCUUCAUGUGCAGGCUGUCCUAAUAAAGCUAAAUGUUCUAGUUAAAAUACAGAAGAAAAUAAAGUUGUACCAGACAAUGCAAACGAAGGUUGUCCUGGAACGUAAAAUAAAGAAGCAGGUAAAAUGUCUGCUUGCUAAGGAUGCCCCAACCAGCAAAUUUGUGCUUCUGGAAAAGCAAACGAACCUGAUCCAGCUCUUAAAGACGUAGAAAGAAGAAUGAAAUUAGUCAAGCACAAAAUUCUAGUUCUUUCAGGUAAAGGUGGUGUUGGUAAGAGUACAGUUUCCUCUUAACUAGCUUUCUAAUUAGCAAAUCUUGGUUAUGAAGUUGGCUUGUUAGAUAUUGAUAUUUGUGGUCCUUCAAUUCCUAGAAUGUUGGGAUUACUUGAUCACGAAGUUCAUAAUAGUGCUGAUGGUUGGAGUCCUGUUUAUGUAGAAGAUAAUUUAGGUGUUAUGUCCAUAGGAUUUUUAUUAGGCAAUCAAGAUGAUGCAGUUGUUUGGAGAGGUCCUCGUAAGAAUGGUUUGAUUAAACAAUUUUUGACAGAUGUUAAUUGGGGAGAAUUGGAUUAUCUUAUUAUCGAUACUCCUCCUGGAACUUCUGAUGAACACAUCAGCUGUGUCUAAUACUUGUAACCUGGUGAAGGAGAUGGUGCUAUUGUAGUUACCACUCCUUAAGAAGUUAGUCUUUAAGAUGUCAGAAAAGAAUUGAGUUUCUGUUAAAAGACUAAAACAAAUAUACUCGGUGUUGUUGAAAACAUGAGUGGUUUCAUUUGUCCUGGCUGCAAGUGCGAAAGUCAGAUUUUCCCUCCUGUAACUGGUGGUGCUGCUAAAAUGUGCUAAGAUUAUAAGAUUGAUCUCUUAGGUAAAGUACCUCUCGAACCUAAGGUCUUAAUCUGCACAGAAAAGGGUAAAUCAAUUGUCAAAGAGCAUCCAGAUUCUGUAGCAGCUAAGGUCUACUAACAUAUUGCAGAAAGAGUAACUCAAACACUAAAAGUAGAAUUACCAAAGUGA